AAGCGAAGAAAUGCAAAACAAGAUUUCACAGGGUUCAAAAUGUCAAUAUUAGUUUAGCUCCUGCGUAAAAAUGUAUGUCUUCGAAGAGGAACCGUGAAAUCUUGUCAAGAAAGCAUCAUGUCGGAUGGGGAUGACUGUUUAAGCGAGGUGAACAGUCUUGUCUCUUUCUCCGAUGGAACGAUUCACAGCAUGGAUAACAUGAGUGUUCAAGACCUAUCAGAGUGGCCGGAAUUAGACGGAGAACGAUUGCAAAAGGAUCAAAAGCCGCAGAUUUUAAAUGAACCACGUAAAACACUUCCAAGGACUCCCAGUGAUCAAGAGAUUGAUACACUAGUUACUAAUACGAUAAAACAGGCUGAGAUUACCAUCAAGAAAGACAUAAAUAUAGAUAAUCAAGAUGAUAUACCUCGAUCAAAUGAAGCUGGUUCUGGUAAUAAUAAGGUAGAGCCACCUAAAGACAAUGAUGGUGGUAGUAUUGUGAAGGAAAACGAGGAAUCCACGCCGGAAGUCCCGGAGCCUGAUGGGCCCCCGCUGAUUGCAGAGACGCAUCCGUUGGUAAAGUCAGUGGCCUAUCUUGAGAGGCAUGGAAUCUUCAGAAUGUUUCAGAACUUUUCUGCUGAUAUUGUAUACCAGCGUCCAGAUAACCCGCUACAAUUUAUGAUUGAUAGACUGACUGAGAUGAGGGAAGAAAAAAGCAGAAAAGAGAAGGAUGAAACGUAGAUUUCCAAUAUUGGGAGUGAGGUACUCAACGAACUGAUCAAGAGGCAAAAAUACAGUAGAAAAGACACAUACUGAUCAAGGGAAAGAGAGAGUAGCUAUUCGACUCAAUUUCCAUUAUUUAUUUUUGGGAGUCUCAAAGGAACACAAAUUGAAAUAAAUAUCUUCUAUUUGUU